CGUGGCGGGGGCCGCAGAGCGGGGAGUGUGGGGAGGGAGAGGCCAGUCGUUGGCGGGUAAGGCCGUGAGUUAUGUCUCUGCGAGGAGCAGAUGUGAGAAUUUGUCCACGUAUUCCUCAGUAUGCAGCAUCAUCGAUGUGGAGCUUGAAGAGAUUAUGAAAUGCAGUUAAUUAGCAUCUCCAAUUAAUACUUGAAGUAGAUAAUGACAUUGGAUCUGACCUGCACGAUGGCAGUUUUCAAGCAAGAUAAUGUGGAGAAGUACUAUGAGAUGGGAGAAGAGUUGGGGAGUGGCCAGUUUGCUAUUGUGAGGAAAUGCCGUGAGAAAAGCACCAACGUUGAGUAUGCAGCUAAGUUCAUCAAGAAGCGGCGCUUGUCUUCCAGCCGUCGAGGGGUGAGCCUUGAGGAGAUUGAACGGGAGGUGAACAUUUUGAGGGAAAUCCAGCAUCCGAACAUCAUUACUUUGCACGAUAUCUUUGAAAAUAAGACUGAUGUUAUUCUCAUCCUCGAGCUGGUGUCGGGCGGGGAGCUUUUUGAUUUUCUUGCAGAGAAAGAAUCGUUGACAGAGGAGGAGGCGACUGAAUUUCUCAAACAGAUUUUGGAUGGUGUACACUACUUGCAUUCGAAGAAGAUUGCUCAUUUUGACCUCAAGCCUGAAAAUAUUAUGCUUCUGGAUAAAAAUGUCCCCAAUCCUCGCAUCAAGCUGAUUGAUUUUGGUAUUGCACACAAGAUUGAGGAUGGUAAUGAGUUCAAAAACAUCUUUGGAACUCCUGAAUUUGUUGCUCCUGAAAUAGUAAAUUAUGAACCUUUGGCUUUAGAAGCAGACAUGUGGAGUAUUGGUGUCAUCACCUAUAUUCUUUUAAGCGGUGCUUCUCCAUUCCUUGGUGAAACAAAACAAGAAACCUUAACAAACAUUUCCGCUGUGAAUUAUGACUUUGAUGAGGAGUACUUCAGUAACACCAGUGAAUUGGCAAAGGACUUCAUUCGCAGGCUUCUGGUGAAAGACCCCAAGAAGAGAAUGACAAUUGGUGACAGUCUAGAACAUCCGUGGAUUAAGGUUAUUAAGCGAAGAAAUGUGAGACGUGAGGACAAUGGCAAGAAGCCAGAGCGUCGUAGACUGAAGACAACCCGCCUCAAGGAAUACACAAUCAAGUCCCACUCCAGCAUGCCUCCAAAUAAUACCUAUGUCAACUUUGAGAGAUUCUCAAAAGUUCUGGAAGAAAUCAAUGCAGUAGAUGAAAGCAUUCAGGAGCUGGUGAAAAACAAAAAGUCUUUCAAAGAGGACAUUGAUGCACUUGUUUCUAUUUAUGAUGAGAAGGAAUCCUGGUACAAGGAAGAGAAUGACAGCAUCAGCCAAGAUCUUGGGCACAUUAAGAAUGAAAUGCGGAAAACAGAAACAAUGAGGAAACAGGCACAAGAUGACGUCAAAUCGACGAUGCUGUCCACCAACAUCCUGAAACGGAAGUACACAAAGCUGGAAACCCGCUAUGAUGCACUGGCUGCAGAACUGAAGUGGGUUGAGGAGCUCCUGAUGUCUGUUGAACAGGAGCGAAUGCAAGGAGGGGUUGGUGAUGAUGGUCAUCUUGGAGGAAUGCGUUAGCUCACAAUUUUGUUAAUUCUAAGAAAUCGCCUACAAACCAGUUCAUCAUCCAUUUGAAGCCAGCCAAAUUGGACAAGACCGCUGCAGAACUACUUCAGUUAUUGUCGUGAACAUCAGUCUUUGGAACCAACUUAGUUUUGUUCCAGUCCCAUAUUUAAGCUUGGGCUCAUUGCCAAAUCUCAAUAACAUUCCAUUCUGAAAACAUCACACAAACAUGGUUCUUCCAAAGGCUCAUCGAUACCACAAGUUCUGCAUGCUGCUGUUGGCCUUGUCCCUGCUACUGUUGUGUUUCUCUGGUGAGCUUUGCUUAUUCCCAUCCACUGGAGACCACUGUGAUUCCAGGGGACAGAGCCACACUUCAUGUGGGCAUCUCAGUAUUUGGGAACAGGUGGAUGGAGAGGAGGGGGUAGUCAGUUGCUAUACUCUGGACAACUCCAUCCCUCCCAUUCACUAGCACCUCUUUCAACUUAUCAUAUAUCCAUCGGGAUUCCUAUUGGUUCAUUGGAAACCCUGAUCUUUGGCUGACCAAAGGAGAAGGUUCAUUCGGAAGCAAGCAGAUAGAUCAUGUAACUUUGUCAGGAAGUCUGCAGAGACAAAGUUGAAGUGCCAGAGGGAGUGCAACAAUCUACUAAACCCCAUUUACCCACCCUUCAGGCACUCCCUGGUGUGUCUGUCAGACCCUGGGAGCACACAUUAAACUUAAAUAUCUCCAUCCCUAACAACCUACAGUCAUCUUCAAUCCCGAGGGACUACUGAAGAAGAUUGGGGUUGAAGAGUAACUAAAUAUGUUCCUAUCACUUAAAGCAAAUUGUUAUUGAACAGUUAAGAGCAUACUCUAUUUACGGAGUUGUGAAAAAUAAUGAAAUUUCACCAAUACUUGCUUUUUUAAAUACAAACUCCACCUUAUCAGCUGUUAAAACUGCAAGUGUAGUUAGUGGAUCUGAAAUAUAAUCAAAUAUCAGAUAAGAAUUGCAAAUCCAACUACUGUUAUACUAGUAGCAGUUACAUAUGACAGAAUUGGCACAAAUGUAUGUGAUCUUGUGCUUUCUGAAAUCUGCCCUCGCCAUAGUAUCUCAAACAGACAUCGGAAUAGAAUGGGUACCUCAUUUGAGAAUGAAACAUUUAUCUCUUUAAUGAACGGUUUACAAAUUACUAAAUCAGAUUCAGUAUCUCCUGUGAAAGACCUGCAAUGGUUUCCUGUAAUUCCUUGUUGAUUUUAAGCCCGCUAGAUAAGUUUAACUCAGUUAAAUCAUCUGUUCCUGAUAGCUCAGAUCUUCAGUGGGUCAGACAGAAGCCCCAAUAAAUUUUUUGAACUUCAGCUCUUGUAAUUGUCCAUCGAUGCAGUGGCAUGUUGGGUUCAAUUGGAGCUGGACCUAUUCCUUGAAAUCUUGCCAGAAGUUGGCAAAAGCAGCGGGAGAUAAGUCAGGCCACCACUGGCUCUUCAGGAUGUAACUACAAUGUGACUGGCUGAGAACCCAAUGUUUGUCCCUCUAUGUACUUGGCCUGAGCUUCAUUUAGAAGACUUCUCCUGCCCCAGUAUAUUCAGGGAGUUCUUUACUAGAUGAAUGAUCAGACUCCACUUGCAAAGAUUGUGAUGGAUUUCCACAGAACUCGGUAACUAAGCUAAUGUUUUAUUGUAAGGAACUGAAUUCGCAUUUCCUUGCUGUCAGUAAACAGCCCCUGAACUUUGCUACGACUGUCAUUUACCACUGGGUUCACUUCAGGCAGUGAAGGCCACUGCGUAAAUUUCUGUUAACGACUAAACGUCACACAGUCUGUUCUUGCCACUGUUUGCCUUCUCCCUGUGAUCCUCCUCCACCUAUAAAAUCUGGGCUAAAGAACCUCAGUAGAUGUUCAUAUUUUUGUUUUCAUAAAACAAUCAGAUUUAAUAUUUGAAUUGUAUUGAUUGCUUAAAUGAUUGCACAAGCUUAUUUGGAUAAUUUUUAUUUGGAAAAAUAGUAACCAAGUUCGAUGUAAUUUUGUUAACAAAGUAACAGGCAUUUAUUUAAUUCAGUGGUAUUUAUCAACAUUGAAACAAGCUGUUUGACCUAUUGGAUCUCUGGUGUUUAUACAACAUAAGCCUCAUCCCAACUUUAUCUAAUUCUGUCAGUGUACCCUGUAUUUAUUUCUCCCUCAUGUACUUCAUCUGGCUAUCUAUCACAUCAUAUGCCUGAACCUCUCCAUGUGGUAGUGAGUUCCAUUUGCUCAACUUAGAAAUGAGCUUCUUAUUAAUGCUUCAUAAGUGUGUGUGUGUGUGUGUCGUCCCCAUGAUGGGAGACAGGCAAAUCAUCAUAGUGUUUAAAUCCAAUUAAUAAAAAUCGAUUGGCCCCACCUGGUCUGUCCUACAUGUGACUCGGGAUCUGCAGUGCUGUAAUUUACUCUGAGUUGCCCUGUUUAACUGGCUGUGCAGUUCAAGGGAAAUUUGGGCAAAAAUAAUAGUGCUGCUAAUGAUACCACAUCUCAUGAGAGAAAAUAAACUAGUGAAAUUCACCAGCAUACUGUUGAAAGGAACCCAAGUUCUGUAGGAGCAAUUAUUUUUAAUAAGUAUUUCAGAUUUAAACACCUCGAGCACUCCAUUUAACUAGGAAUUACUGUAUAAUAAAUGAAAGAUGCCAACUGUUUUCUCUGGUGGUGGGAGUGGUGCAUGAGCAAGUACAUGAUGGUUUGGGGUCCAGCUUGAUUUUAUAAGGUAUUUAGAUUUGAACUGAACAUCGCUGUGAUUCAGCUCCAAUUUGCCUGCACAUUUUGUGAAUGUUUACUAUGCUACCACACCUUUAUAUAUAAGGUGCAUGUAUUAAAGAUAUUUUCCCAUGUA